AUGGAGAGGGGGGGGCCCCCGGGGUGUAUAGACACCCCCUGCUGCAGCAGCAACACCCAGCAGCAGCAGCAGCAGCAGCAGCAGCAGCAGCAGCAGCAGGAGCUGCAGCUGGAGGAGAGCUGUCUGCAGCAGCAACGGGAACUCCCAGAGCCCUCUCAGACAAGCAGCCUACUGCUGCUGCAGCAGCAGCACCAACAGCAGCAGCAGCAGCAGCAGCAACAGCAGCAGCAGCAGCAGCAGCAGCAGCAGGUGGGCAAGCGUGUGUCCCCUCAAGCUGAUUUGGAUCGAUCGGUUAAGAGGAUAGCAGCAGCAGCAGCAGCAGCAGCGGCAGCAGCAGCAGUGGCAGUAACUGCACCUGCUGCAGCAGCACCAGAAGCAGCAGCAGCAGCUGCUGCUGCUGCUGCCGCUGCUGCUGCUGCUGCCGUAACAUCAGGGGAGAGGCAGCAGCCCCCGUCUGCUGCAGCAGCUGCAGCAGACGGUGUUGUUUCUCCUUCAGCAGCAGCGCCAACUUCUGCUGCUGCUGCUGCAGCUGCUGCAGCGCCUGCUGCUGCUGCUACUGCUGCUGAUGCUGCUGAUGCUGCUGCUGCUGCUGCUGCUGCUGCAGUAGCUGGAGACAAAUGCUUGGGCCUAUACCCCCCAGGAGCAGCAGCAAGAAGAGCAGCAGCUGCUGCUGCUGCACGCCACGAUGAGACUCCUGAAGCUCGCUGCAUGCGCCCAGCAGCAGCAGCAGCAGCAGCAGAAGCAGGAGCAGCAACAGAAGAAGCAGCAAUAGAAGCGGCACCAACAGCAGCAGCAGCAGCAGCAGCAGCAGCGCUUCCUGCCAGCUUCGCCUCAGCAGCUCCAGACUCUGCAACAGCAGCAGAAAGUGCCGCAAGUGCAGCAGCAGCAGCAGCAGCAGCAGCAGCAGCAGCUGAGGCAGCAGCGGCAGAUGCAGCGGCAGCAGCUGAUGCAGCAGCAGCAGCUGAUGCAGCAGCAGCAGCAGCAGCAUCGGAUGGUGGUGCAGAAGCAGCAGCAGGUGUAGUAGAAGGAGCAGCAGCAGCAGCAGCAGCAGCGAACACACAGGAGGCGAAUCCCCCAGCAGCAGCAGCAGCAGCAACCGCAACAGCAGCAGCAGCAGCAGCAGGCGCUGCUGCUGCUGCUGCUGACGAUAACGAUGAUGAAGCCGUAGAAGUGAUUGAGCUGGAUAGUAGUGACAUAGCUGUGGAGAUAAAGCUUCAAGGGAGGACUGGGUGGAGCGGUGGCAGCGGCCGCGUCGUCGAGCAGCAGCAGCAGCAGCAGCACUAG